GCCAUCCCGCUGACAGCCAGCCGAGACCAUCUGGCAAAUGAGCGCACAUUUCACGCCUGGCUUCGAUUCUCGAUGUCGCUUUCCACCACCGGCGUGGUGCUAGCCCAAAUGUCACAGAUCCAACGGGCCGUCCAUCCCAGCCGAGAACGCGAGUUCAAAUAUUUUGUCCUUGGUGCACCCCAAGCUUGCAUUUGUCAGGCUGCAGCCAUCGUAGUCCUACUUAUGGGCUUUAUCAGAUUCUGGAAACAGGAGCGAGCAAUGUUGAAUGGCUUCGUAAGGGUCAGUGGAUGGGAGUUGUGGGUAGCAUUUGGUCUACUACUAUUGGUGAGGCAUUGCCCAAUGGAGAACGAGCUAUUGACUGAUACUUCCAGGUCU